AUGCGCAAGAUGGUCAUCUCACACCGCCAUCAACACCAUCUCCACCAAGACCACACUAGGACCUAUCACCGUGUUACAAUGACUGAACCGAAAGAUGUUCCAGCUGCAGCUACAGCCACCCCCACAGCAUCAACAACCAAGCCAAUCCCCGUGAUCCUAUGCAUAGGAAUGGCCGGAUCAGGCAAGACGACAUUCAUGCAAAGACUAAACUCCCACCUCCACACCCGCAAGCAGCCACCCUACGUGAUAAACCUCGACCCCGCGGUGCUCAAGAUCCCAUUCGGAGCCAACAUCGACAUCCGCGACUCCAUCAAGUACAAGAAGGUGAUGGAAGAGUACAACUUGGGCCCCAACGGCGCCAUCGUGACAUCGCUCAACUUAUUCUCCACUAAGAUCGACCAAGUUCUCAAACUAGUCGAGCGCAAACAGGACAAGAUCUCGAAUGUGAUCAUCGACACGCCGGGACAGAUUGAGUGCUUCAUAUGGAGCGCCAGCGGCGCCAUCAUCACCGAGGCGUUCGCCUCGGUUUUUCCCACGGUUAUCGCCUACAUCGUCGAUACUCCGCGAAACACCAACCCCACCACGUUUAUGUCCAACAUGCUCUACGCGUGCUCGAUUCUUUACAAGACCAAAUUGCCCAUGAUUGUCGUGUUCAACAAGACCGACGUGCAAAACUGCCAGUUUGCCAAGGACUGGAUGAGCGAUUUUGAAACUUUCCAAAGUGCCGUGCAACAAGCUGGAGAGGGCGAGGAAUCGAGUGGCUAUAUGAGCAGCUUGGUCAACUCGAUGUCGUUGAUGUUGGAGGAGUUUUACACGACGCUAGACGUUGUGGGAGUGAGUUCAUACACGGGCUCUGGAUUCGAUGAUUUUUUGCAAGCGGUGGAUAACAAAGUCGAUGAGUAUAACGAGUACUACAAGGCUGAACGAGAGAGGAUAUUGAAGAAGAAGGAAGAGGACGAAAAGCGGAGACAGACCCGGUCCUUGAACAAGUUGAUGAAGGAUAUGGAUAUGAAAAAGGAUAAGGGGAAUGGCAAGGAGAAGCAAGGGGUGGAUAGCGAGGUGUUGUCGGAUUAUGACGAUAAUGGAGAUGAAGACGAAGACGAUGUUCAAGGCCAAGUAUACCCUGAUUCGGAAGAAGAAGAGCUCGGUGGUACUCAGAGACAAUACACCUUUGCCGGGGAUAGACAAUCCGAGCUUGACGAUGUGGCUGAUGCCGAUAUCCAGGACCGGUAUCGCGAAGCGUUGGAAGCCACAGCCAAGAAUGCAUCUUCCCAGACAGCAGAGAAUAUAGCAAACUACAUCAGAAGGUCACAGUGA